AUGCUGGAUAAUCCAAAUCCUGUUAUUCACACAGUCACAAAGGCGUAUAAAAGGCCUUCGGGAGCUUUGGAUUCUGAAGAAAUUUACAAUUUAUUGAAAGAUAUCAAAGAUCCUGAGCAUCCUUACUCAUUAGAGCAGCUCAAAGUAAUCAGUGUAGAUCAGAUAAAAAUAAACCUGGAAGAAAGAACUGUGAAUAUAAAAUUCACACCGACUGUUCCGCACUGCUCGUUGUCUAAGGAUCCCCCCCUCAUUUGUCCAAUUUCUAGUCUUUUAUUAUUUGUCCAUUUUUCUAGUUUGUUUUAUAGGACAAAAAAAAAUUUUUUAGGACAUCAUCGUCCAAUUUUCUAGUCAAAAUUUUGAUAGAAAUUUUUUUUUUCAGGACCUCAAUUGUCUCAUUUUAAAGUAAAAAACUAAAAUUUAGGACAUUUGAAAAAAUCCAAAAAAGACUAGAAAAUGGGAUAAAUCAUUUUGACUAGAUUUGGGACAAAUGAGGUCCUGAAAAUUUUUUUUCCUUAUAAAAAAAAGACUAGAAAAUUGGACAAAUGAGGGGGGAUCCUUACAAUGAUCGGACUACAAAUUCGAGCAAAAUUGCUUGAAAAUUUGCCGAGCUUCAUGAAAGUUUUUAUAUUCGUUGAGCCUGGAACACAUAGUCAGGAAUUCGAAAUAAAUAAGCAACUUAAUGACAAAGAAAGAAUUGCAGCAGCAAUGGAAAACCAAAAUUUGAUGAAUAUGGUACAAAAUAACAUUGGGCUGUGGGAAUAA